CCGUGCGCAGUCAUCGCCGGACUUAAGUCACACAGCGCACACAAGAACGCCCUAGCAGAGACUGGCCACCGUAUCCUAAAGAAGAAGAAGAUGGAGCCUGGCUGGCUGUAGGAUGCAUGAGAGAGAGUAACAUCUGGAGACUGCACCAGCUAGGACUCCCUUUGGAGCAGGUUCUAGGUCCCUGUGGCCAUGUUUUCAGAUGAGCGGAAGGACGGGAGCCCCCGCUUUGGGAAGCUUCACUUUCCUGUUGGCCUUUGGAUCAACUCCCCAAAGAAACAUUUUGCCAAGCUGGGACGCAGGUGGCCAAGCGUGGGGUCGGUCAAGUCAACAUCCUCAGAUACAGCCAGCCGUGGCAGUGAAUCCGUGGAGAUGCGGCCAGCCACCAAGAAUAAGGCCAGUCGACAUAAGAGGCUGUCAACACUCUUCCAGAGAGGAGGAACAGGAGGCCCAACCAGUGGAACUGCAGGCCGCUGGGCCAGUGAGAAGAAACUGGCUGACCUCAUUGAUCCUUUGCCUGAAGACCGAGUCGAGCCCCCAUCCCAAGGAGAAGUGCCAGGAAUCCUGAAGAUCUAUGGUGGAGACAUCUCCUCAGGUGCCAAUUACAAGAGUGUCUUGGCCACUGUGCGCUCCACCGCUCGCCAGCUGGUGAGAGAGGCACUGGAGCGCUAUGGUGUGGCACAGGCCAAUGCUGAAGAUGCCUACGUGUUGUGUGAUGUUGUCGGCAGUGUUCAUAGCACAGACGGCACCUGGCAGGCCCAGCACCUCCGAGCAGUGGGUGACUCCGAACGGCCCCUCGUACUGCAGGAUGUGUGGAAACCCAAGACUGGUUGCACCCGUCGUUUUGAAAUCCGGCGGCGAUGUGAUGUGGAGAGAAUGAUAGAAGGCGAGGAUGACGAUGCAGGUGGCAAUUCCCAGAAUCGUCGGCAACAAUCCCGCCGCUCUCGGGCAGCUUCAGGAGGCCAUGCAGCCCCCAAAGAGAGGGCAGACAACCUCUCCCUCCGUCGCAGCAUCAGUGAGAUGAACCUCAGCAUAAAACGCCGCAAGGACCGCAAAGGUGUGCUCAGCAUGGCCAUAGGAGAACCCGCAGAAGGGAGUCCCUCUGAGGAGUCACGGCUCAAAGUAGCCGCGGAUGGCACAUCAGCUCCUCCAGCCUCCGAAGAAGAGGCCGUGGAUGUGACCAGUUUAGAGCAGCUCACCCAGUGCCUCAUUCAGCCACCAACAGAACACCCUUAUUUUUUACAGUUGUUGGGCUACAAUGAAAAGCAGGAGUUUGUGAUCCAUGUGAUGACACGUCGGCGACACAUAUUUGGACGUCCUGAACGCCGCCAGGCCUCAGACCAAUCCAACUAUGUGGACACAUUCCUGAGUGCCCCAGACAUUCUGCCACGCCAUUGCUGCGUGGUGUCUUCGGUGCCCCCCGCAGAUCCCAGCCAGCCCCGGGGUUCUGCCAUGGUGCGGCCUUUCCGUGGAGCAUCCAUCACACACAAUGGUGCCCCACUCCAUCGCCAGGUGGAGCUGGCCCCUGGAGACUUGCUAGGGAUGGGGCAGCACUUCCUCUUCAUGUAUAAGGACCCACGGGCUGCAGCCGCGCCACCUGCCUGGUUGCCCAAAGCGUGGGUGUCCCCAGGGUUGGUAGGGGCCUUGGCAUGCCAGGCUUGUGGCCGUUCCCUGCAGGAACGGCAAGAGGCGUUUCGGGCCUAUCUGAAGAGCCGAGAACCUCAACUGCGCUAUCGGCCCCAAGAGCAGGAGGCUCUCUUGGCUGAAAUUGUGAGGCUUCAGGAGACUCCUGGAUGCAAGCUGGGCCCUGCUUUUCUCUUUGGGCUGUGUCUGGAGCAUGCUGCCAGGGAACUAGAACCAGGACAUCUCCCCAGAUUGAUAGCCAGGAUUGCUCAGCUGGUCAAAGAGGCUGUUUGGGAGAAGAUCAAAGAGAUUGGAGAUCGACAAUCGGAAACCCAGCAGGACAAAGGAGAGUCAAGGAAUCUCAGUGUCGAGGAGGUGGCUGCUGACUUGCGCCCCCUUAUGCUAUGGAUGGCCAACUCAAUGGAAUUGCUCAAUUUGGUGCAAAAGAGAGUCCUGGACAUCGAGAAAGAUCUGGACUUGGAGGGAGUUUCCCACAGUGCAUUGCUCUCCAGUGACUUGGAGACCUGUGAUGAGGCAAUGGCAGUCUUGGAUGAAGUCAUCAUGUCCACAUUCCAGCAGUCCGUAUACUACCUCACUAAGACCCUCUACUCAGCCCUUCCUGCCUUGAUAGACAGCAACCCCUUCACAGCUACAGCUGACCUGUCCCAUGUGCCUGAGAUCAGCAGCAUGCCUGAGGGGAUCCGUGGGACUCUUGCCAUAUACCAGGCCACCCUUGAGUUGACCCGGGACUGUGACCUGCACCCUGACCUCGUCUCGCAGACCUUUGGAUACCUUUUCUUCUUCUCCAAUGCCUCACUCUUUAACACCCUCAUGGAGAGAGGUGGUUCUCAGGGCCUGUUCCUGUGGGCCAAGGCGGUGCAGAUCCGAACCAACCUCGACCUGGUGCUGGACUGGCUGCAAGGGGUGGGCCUUGGGGACAUUGCUGCUGAAUUUUUCCGCAAGCUCAGCACAACAGCCAACCUGCUCUGUGUCCCCAAAACCGGCUUGCUUCAGACAACCUGGUCUCGACUGAGAGAUGAUUAUCCAGCUCUAACUCCAGCCCAGCUCCAGCAUGUACUUCGGAAUUACCAGUUGGGACCGGGCCGAGUGCCCCCUGACUCCUGGCAAACCCCAGAACAGGAAAGAGAAGAGAUUGCACACAGUGACAUAUUUGAGAGCUUCACAGAUCAUCCACCACUGAUUCUUCCAUGCGAUGGUUUCCGCUUGCGUCUUUCGGAGCCUGUGUCCGAUGAUGUCCUCCAUCGCCAACUUAUUCGCCUGCGCCGUUUUCUCUGGGAGCUGGAGCGUGAGUCCCUCCCAGCCAACCAAAGGGCAGCAUAUGGGCUGGAUCCCAGUCAGUGACAUGCAAGUGUUUAAAAUGAUUCUUGGUCCCCGGGAAUUCUUGCCUGAUCAUUCCUAACUAUGUAUGGAGACCCUGAAGCUGGGUUUAGAGGAGUCAGAAACACCUGAAACAGUGAUAAUUUGUCUAAAUGAAAAAUUGUCCUGAAGAUUUUUAAGUCCUUAACUAUAUCCAAGGUCAUUAAAAGUAGCCCAUCUGCUGCAAUCAUAAUUUCCUGUUCAUUGCUGUCUAUUGGCUAGUUCUGGUCAUCUUGAAGAUCAUCCUCACAAUUCCUUUGAGAUUACAACCUCUUCCAAACUGUUCAUGUUCAUUUCCUGACCGCACAUCAUGCUGUUUGUAGCAACUAUGUAUUCCUUUCUUCACUGCAAUAAAGCUAGUUAAUUAUGA